ACUACCUUCGGCAUAAACCCUAGGGUUUUCUCUGAAUUCCGAUCCCAGAGGAAAUCCCCAAACAUCGCAACAAUGUCGAUGUCGAAGAGCUCCAAGAUGCUUCAAUUUAUCAACUACAGGAUGCGCGUCACCAUCCAAGAUGGACGCCAGCUCGUCGGCAAAUUCAUGGCCUUCGACCGCCACAUGAACCUCGUACUCGGCGACUGCGAGGAGUUCCGUAAGCUACCUCCUGCCAAGGGCAAGAAGAACUCUAACAUCAAUGAGGAGCGUGAGGACCGUCGUACGCUUGGCCUUGUCCUCCUACGUGGUGAAGAGGUUAUUUCCAUGACAGUUGAGGGCCCUCCUCCCCCGGAGGAGUCUCGUGCCAGGGCUGUUUCUGCAACUGCUGUUCCUGGCCCGGGAAUUGGCCGUGCUGCUGGUCGUGGUGUUCCCACUGCUCCUCUUGUUCAGGCCCAGCCUGGCCUUGCUGGCCCCGUUCGUGGUGUUGGUGGUCCUGCCCCGGGCAUGAUGCAGCCCCAAAUUUCCCGUCCGCCUAUGCCGCAGCUUUCAGCUCCUCCGAUGACCUACCCUCCUGCUGCUGGGGCCCCUCCUGUGAUCCGUCCUCCUGGGCAGUUGCCGCCUGGGGCAUUCCCUGGCCAAGCACAGGCACCACAGAUGCCUCGUGGUCCGCCACCUCAGGUGCCACCACCAGCAUUUGGGGUGAGGCCGCCACAGCAAUUUCCAGUACCACCACCGCAGUAUGGACAGAGGCCGAUGGUUCCACCUCCAGGAGCAAUGAUGAGAGGACCUCCUGCUCAACCUCCAAGGCCUGGAAUGCCUGCUCCGCCUCCACCAAGGCCUGGGAUGCCUCCUCCACCUGGUGGUGCUGUUCCUGUUUAUGGACAGCCUCGUCCAGGGAUGCCACCUCCUCCAAACCCUCAAAAUCAGCAGCAAAAUCAGCAGCAGUAAUUUGGGCUCCCCCUUAUGGUUAGGUCAAGGAUUUUGCAGUUGUGCUUUAGUGGUGAUGUUGAGAAUAUCUUCAAGGUGCAGCAUAGAGUGUAAAAUUUCAGUGCUAGAGACUGGGUAUAUGAAAUUCUCUGCUACUGUAGUUAAGUUAUGUGUUUUAAUUGCACAAUAUCCUUUUUUGGUUGCCUGCAAAGGAAGACUAAUUGGAGCUAACUAAGACUUAUCAAAUGUUAAAGUGAUGAUUUGUUUUGAGUUGCAUUCCCAACUUUGAUGGUUUUCAUGGGACAGGAAAAUAUAGACAUACAGCAUUA